AGCUAACAGUAAAAUGAUUAGACACAUAACCAGUUUAGAAAGCUCCAGUGGUUUGUGUAUUGGCCUGUUAAAGACUAUAUCUUCAGUGAUGAUUUCUUUAUUCACUACUUUCAUGUAGGUUAAAUGGAGCAACAUGUUUUAAAGCAAAAAUCCACCUUCCGUUAUAAGCUGUAUUUAUUUUAUGAGUGAUACUUCUUUGACAUUAGCACUGGCAUUGAAAGAUGAAAUUAUAUGCACUUGGCUUCUGUAUAUUUGAGUCUUUAGGGUCUCAUGGCCUUAACAAAAUUUGCACAUAGGUUUAAGUUCAAGCAUGUGCCUGAGUACUCUGGCAGAGUUAAAGAGGAAGGAUGGGAACAUCCUGGAUUUAAUUUAGCUAAGGUAAUUUGAAUUGGCCUGCAUAUUCUCUUCCUCCAAGCAAAUCAAAGAGAGUCACAUUCUGGUGAUGAGCGCAUGCCUUUCACCUUUCGGACAGUGGCAAAAAUAUUUAUUAACAGAAGUGGAAGCAGCUCUGAUGUAAUAAAUGACUUGCAAUCUCUCUGGCUUAUCUCUAGGAGUUAAUUGCCUUAUAAAUAAUAAUGUUGAAUUAUUGGUGACGUGCUGUGUAAUCUGAAGGCUGGUAAAACUGAGAAGAGCAGGGAGGGACCAUUUGUGUUUAUUUUGCUAAGGCUUCCAGUGCUCUCUGCUUGCAAUCAUACUGAGAUUUGUUACAGGGAGAGUUAUGCUGGAAUUGAUGUCUCAAAUAGAAGAAAACAUUUGAUUUUUUUGGUCUUGAGACAACCCUGGUAUGUGUUUGUUGUGCAGCAAUAACUGCACAAGGCUAUUGUGUACACCCAGAGAAAGAACACUUUCCCUUAUCAUUGUAGGAAAUAAAGAAUGUAAAUUAACUGAAAGUGUUAGAUGAAAGAUUUCAGCAGUUUGGAAUGUUUCACAUAAAACCACUCAAUUUUUUCUGUAGAUGUAUCUUUUAUGAUACUUUGUGGUUUGUAGUUUAUCUUUUUGGUUGAAAAUGACAAACACAGGAACCAGCCUUGCCUUGCCCCUGGCCUGGUUUAGCACUGCCAAGUACAUUUAUUUGUUGACCCAUCAGACACUGUUAUGUCCUGUGCUAAAGGCAAAGUGAAGAUCCCAAGCAGGAGUUUAGCUCAUGGUUUUACAAGACAAUGUUUGCCCUUAAGAGUUACUGCGUGCUUGACUAGUGAAGAAAUAUUUUCUUUGCAUGGGAUACCGAACGACAGUCACAUAUCCAAUUCCAGCUUCUCUACAAUAUGUCCUGCAGUUUUGCAACAGCUAAUUUUUCACCCAUGUGAUCCUCAGGAAAGCUUUGUGGACACAUCUAAACCACAUUCUUUGCAAGUUUGGGGAUUUGGGUUCCUGGCUGUGUCUAUCAUUAACUUGGCAUCACUUCUGGGAUUGAUUUUAACUCCUCUCUUAAAGAAGUCAUAUUUCCCCAAGGUUUUAACUUAUUUUGUGGGCUUGGCCAUUGGUACUCUCUUUUCUAAUGCAAUUUUCCAGCUCAUUCCAGAGGCAUUUGGAUUUGAUCCAAAAGUAGAUAACUAUGUUGAGAAAGCUGUUGCUGUGUUUGGUGGAUUCUAUAUUCUCUUCUUUGUGGAAAGGAUUCUUAAAGUGAUACUAAAGCUCUAUAACAAGACUGGCCACAACUACUUUGAAAAUGGAGGAGAGAAUCAUUCUCAGGAUAAGACUAACUCACCCAAACCACCACCAUCCAGCAAUGGGGGCACAUGUUAUGCAAAUUCAGCUGUCAUAGAGAGCAAUGGAAAUCUGGGUUUUGACAGCAUCAGUGUGAUCUCAGCACAGGAAGAAGCCACCCAAAGCAGCUUAUGCAAGUGUCUUAAGGGACGUCCACUGUCCAAGAUUGGGACCAUUGCUUGGAUGGUGACACUGAGUGAUGCUGUACAUAAUUUCAUAGAUGGCUUGGCUAUUGGGGCUUCUUUCACUUUGUCUCUGCUUCAAGGGCUCAGUACCUCCAUAGCCAUCUUGUGUGAAGAGUUUCCUCAUGAACUGGGGGAUUUUGUCAUCUUGCUUAAUGCAGGAAUGAGUACUCGGCAGGCUCUGUUUUUCAAUUUCCUAUCUGCAUGUUCUUGUUAUGUUGGGUUGGCCUUUGGAAUAUUAGUAGGCAACAACUUUGCUCCUAACAUCAUCUUUGCUAUAGCCGGUGGAAUGUUCCUGUACAUCUCUCUGGCAGACAUGUUCCCAGAGAUGAAUGAUAUGCUGCGGGAGAAAGUGACGGGAAGAAAGACGGAUCUGACGUUCUUCCUUAUUCAGAAUGCUGGUUUGCUAACAGGGUUUACUGCUAUCCUGCUGAUUACCUUGUAUGCAGGGAAUAUCGAGCUGUGAGAACGGAAUCAGGAUUGGAGACAUCAAGCAAAUUGCAAAUGGAAGACACUUGAAAUCCAUACGGGGACAUCCAUUUAAUCUACUCAGUUCUGAAACGGGGGCAAGGCCCGUCCUGUCCCUCUUGCCCCAAAUACAGGAAAUUCUUCUUUAGGAUUUGCAGUUGAACCAAAUAGUAGGAGCUGUCAGUUCUGUGUGAUGCCAAAAAAAUUACGCUAAUAUUUUUAUUUCUACUUAAAAUUAUCAGACAUAGAUGAACUGUCAUGGAGGAAGGGUGUUACUUGGCCAGUAGAAUUAUGCAGUACAUGCAGCUACAUGCAACUCCAGACCAACUGAAAGCUGAGGUCUGCAAGGAAGAUGUGUAUUUAAAAUAAAAUAAUACAGUUUCAUAUAGUGUUUUAACUGUGAUGAAGGCAAACAGUUUCAAAACUGGUUAAUUUUUAUGACUUUUGUUGCAGGAUUUGCCUGUGUAACAUCUUCAUUCCCCACCAAAAAAAGAAAGAAAAAAAUCAAAACAUUUCAGAGUAGGUACUAAUGAAGCUAAGAUUUUUAAUUACUAAUUAACACUGGAAGGAAAGAUACCAGUUCCUGCUUUUGAUCUUUUCUCUUUACAAGUGCACUAGGGAAUUGUUGAUUUAUUUUGAGAACCACUUUUUUAAAUUAGAAGGAACCUUUGUUAAAUUUAUGACUGUUUAUCAACUCCAUAAUAUUUUAGAAACAUUGAGUACUUAAAAAAUGUUCAAGUAUUGUGUAUUCUAUGAAAAUAAUAAAGUUUUAUACUUAAGUUUCCCAUAUAACCCCUUUAAAAAUCAGUUCUUUAGUCUUACAAAGGAGAAUGUAUGAAAAAAAGUGCUAAAAAUCAACAUUCCGGUAUGCUUUCUUCAUAAUUUGAAUGAUUUCUUUGUGUGCAGUUGGGUGGAAUGAAAUGGUAAUAAAAUAUACAAAUUCUUACCACAA